AUGUUUGCGGCGAAUGCGAAUCCCAAGGCAUUUCUCGUUGCAAGGGUCUAUGGAAUUAGUGCGAAAAACUUAGAGGACGACAUUGAUAGUGAUUAUGGAGCGGAAACCAGCAUCGAUGUUUCUGAAUCCUCUGACGAGGACGAUUCAGUUACUGAGUCCGAGAUCUCAUCACUAUCCGACGAACCAUCGGACAGUUCGUCUUCUGUGGAAUGGUUGCGUUGCCGACGCCGACGUCCCCAAGUCAAAUGCACUCCAUCCACUACCCCAUCAUCAGCCAAACGCACGCCACGCUCUGCCACAUGUACCACUCCAAGGACUCGUGGUAGACCGCCUACUCAACUCUCGAUGCGUGGAUCGAGUGUACCUGAUCGAACUGUCGCUACACCAUCAAAAUCUGAACCUACUAGUGAAAAAGCUUUACCUGGUCGCGAGCUGGAAUUCGACACGAUCUACACGUUCAUCAGCGAGAGAUUGACUCAACAAUACGGGGGUUGUAUGUACAUUUCCGGUUUACCUGGAACCGGAAAAACAGCUUCGGUCAACGCUGUACUCUCGGUGAUGUCAAAGAAACAAGACGCGACGUUCCAAAAAGUUGUGGUCAAUGGAAUGCAAGUCAGUGAACCGAAGCAGGUUUACACGCAAAUCUACCAGCAAUUAACCGGAAAAAUUAUAUCGGCCAAACAAGCUGCCGAUAAGCUGGACCACGAAUUCGGCACCUAUUCCGGCAGACUCACGUCCACACCCGUCGUUUUAGUCAUUGACGAAUUGGACUUACUGUGCACUCGGCGUCAGGAUGUGCUUUAUCGUCUUUUCGAUUGGCCUUCUCGGCCACAUGCUCGUCGUCUCCUCAUCGUCUUGACAAUUGCGAACACCAUGGAUUUGCCGGAUCGUCUGCUCCACCCACGUGUGGCCAGCCGUCUUGGUAUGGCCCGGUUAACUUUUGCGCCUUACACGCAUGAACAAUUGGUUCACAUUAUCCGGUUACGCCUGGCGGACACGACGCGUCACACGUUUCAGGACCAAGCUGUGGAACUGGCCGCACGCAAAGUGGCCGCGGUCUCGGGGGAUGUCCGGCGAGCCCUGGACAUUUGCCGCCGCGCUGCAGAGAUGGUCUCUCAUUGCAAGUCCACCCACCAGAUUGGAAUCGAACACAUCAACGCGGCGCUGAAGGAAAUGUUCAGCGCUCCAAAAGUCAACGCUAUCCGUUCGUGUUCUGUGUACGAAAAACUGUUUCUGCGGGCUCUACUUGCUGAGCUUCAAGCACGGAACGCUGAGGAAGCUCGCUUAGACCGGUGCAUUCUACAAAUGUGCGCUCUCUGUCGUUUAGAAGGUUACGCUUGUCCAACUACCACUGAGGUGUCCUACAUUUGUGCCGGACUUGGUGCAUACAAGCUGCUUCUCACUGAAAGCCCUCGACGCGACUCUUCCAUGCUGAUCCGACUGAAUUGUAGCCGCUCUGAUGUACUAUUCGCCUUAAAGCCCCCCGUCGGGGCCUAACGAUCAAUGAUUGUUUCUAUUUUUACACGUGCCAGUGGACGCAUUUUUACAAUCUAUGCUCUUUUUCUGCUUCGCACUGCCUUUUAUGUCUAUAUAUCGUUCUGUUUGUAUCGACAUUGUUUAUGUGUCAAACCUUGACUUCAGUUUCUUACCUCUGUCCUGUUUAUCACUGGACUCUGGCUUUCGCCUCCUAAUUGCUUGUUCGUUUAAUGCGGUUUCAUUUUCCUUCGACCGUAUGGCUCAUCUGG